AUGUGACUGUUGUCUAUUUCAUAGGAUUAGAUCUAGCAGGAAUGUGUCUUGUCACUGAACCGACUGGUAUAAGAGCUCUCCUGACAGAGAGACACAAUGACCUAGCGACAGAAGAAAAGUGAAGGAUACUCGUUUUCUUUUACCAAGCAAUUAUGAGGAGAAAUAGGUUUCCAGUCAACACUCCUGAUUCUUAGUGGCUGACCAGAGAAGAAAAAAACUUGUUUACAACAGAGAGAAGCGAUACUCUGGAUGUAUCAUGUCUUUUAAGUUUCCAAAGAGGCUGAGCAGCAAAAAGAAAAAACCUCCAAAGGACAAUGCCCAGGCAGAGGUUUUAAAUAUGCUGGGCCUGGAGGCCUGCUUGACUACACCACUGGACCCAGCGUCUAUGUUAGACAUCAGCACUUGGACCCUGGAUACCCAAGCUCCUCUAGAGCCCAAGGAUCUACCAAAUGCUUUCCUCCAACACCUUUGGCUGCUUAGCCCAGAUGCCCGGAGUCCUUUCUACAAACCUCCACAUGAUGUUCUGAACAAUGCCAACAAAUCACCCGAGGAGAUAAAUGGAGGAGAUAGCCAGUGUGCCAUCAACCCCCUUGAUCUAGUUACAGCUGUCUUUAUGUCUGCUAACACUUUUCUUCAGCAGGAGAUGACUGUGCGCAUGGUGCAAUGCCAGUUUGCUGUGCCCCUGGUCCUUCAAAACAUAAAUCCAGUAGAACCCAGUCACUUCCUUCUUUGGCCUUUGAGAGGUGUUGUGAGCCAAUGGAGAUCUCACUUUCCGGAUAAAAAUAAUAAGGUCUACGAAGGACAUUUGGCAAGCACAGACAUGCCAAUGAUUUCUUGUGUGAAGCUUGGUCAUUGUGGUGUCUCCAAGUCAAAAGUGCUAAACAAUGUUAUGAGUAGACUCAGAGCUCCCAAGGAAACAUUUCUCCACAGGGGGGUGGAUGGAGGACAGCUGCCCCGAAGACUCUCCAAUGGCCUGGUAGAGAUUGGAUGGUAUCUACCCAGUGGAGACACUGCUAGAGAUAUUUUCCCUGUCCCUGUAGUCAUCUCUAACCUACGUGGUGAUGCCAGUACACAUGAAAAAAACCUCAGUCUUCUAUGUCAAGCGUCUUCAGCUGUGGUUGUCUUCUGUGGGGAUCUUGGGGAGAAAGAAAAACAAAUUCUUGCUUCUUGUAAGGAUAUGGCAAGCAAUCUCAUAUUGAUUGACCUAUCAGACACUGAGCAAAAUGAGAACAGAGUUGUGGGGUUUGUUGAUCAGAACCUUGAAAAAUAUAUGGGGCUUCCCAGAGGAUCAGUGCUGCAAGGGAGAGCUUUGAGUGAAAAGGAACUGGCUAAUAGACUGUGUGAUACCCUGAAAGAUCUUUUGCCAGAUAAACUGAAACUUGUUACACUUGAGGGAGUAGCAAAGUUAGCAGAGGAUCUAGGCCUUAACGUGGAUGAGGGGGCAGUCUGUAAAAAGGCAAUGGCUACAGUGGAGAAAGUACUGAAAGGUUUAGAUGAGGGAUCUGAUCAAUUUAGGAAGAAACAGCUUCCUCUGCAGGGGGCUUUGUGGAGCAAACUGGCUGAAAUAGAAAAGGAGGAGAGAAAACAGAUAAAAGAAGGAAAAAACAUCAACCCCCAACUUCAAAAAGAAAAGAAAGUCAUCUUGAUAGAAUUGAGCAGCUACAAAAUGACCCCAGCAAUGAAGAUUUUCACAGAUGCGCUUUGCACAUCAAAUAAAGGGGAGAGGACAUAUUUCCUUAGUUGGAUGAAGCUGAAGCUUCAGCUGAUGCAAACUGAAAAACAGAACAGUCCAAAAGAUCUAUUCACAAACCUGCAGACAGAAAUGGAAAACUUCAUGCCCGAACAUUCUGAUGAGCUUGAAAAUGCAAUCAAUAACUACCUAGGGGACAGUUUGUACACAGAUUCAACAUCUGAACAGGAAAACACUGAAGAGCAGCCUGUAAAUACUAAACUGCAAGUUUCUGAGCAACAGUUUCAGAUAGGCCAAGAGUUACACCAUGUUUUACCUAAGUCUACAGAAAAGACCAUGGAACCACAGUCACAACAGAAGGAACAUCUUGUGUCCACACAUGAUCUAGCCAUAGAGCAGCAGUUACGUAUGACAUCCAAUGGAAAAGAGAUUCAAGAUGAAGAAAUGAUUGAAAAUGGAAACUUGAGCUGCCAUGGGGAACAGCGGGAUAAACAAGAGCUGACACUAGCUAAGUCAGAUUCAACUUCUUCUACCACACAACAAAGGUGCCAAGAUUUUUCCUUUAAGCAUCCGGAAGCCUCAUGUUCACAGCCUUUUGAACCUGAUCUGGCGUUACUGGGGCUUGAGCAUUUUUUGCGUGAGAUGGGCCUAAUUUUUGAGCUGACACACAUCAGCCCAGGCAGUGGGAGCCAGAAUGUGUUGCGUCUCCCCAGCUUAGCAACAGACCUUCUUCUCUAUGGGAUUCCACUUGAACUAAUGGAUGGCAAUGCCUCAAACAUCCCCAUUCACUGGCUGGGCUGUGUCUUUGCAGAACUCAAACGCCGCCUACCUCAAAAACAGUGCAGGGUCCAAGCGCUGACAAACCUUGGAGUACAUCAUGCAAGGAACGCUAAGGUUCUUUCUGCAUUAUUUGGGGUGAAAUUUCCUGAAGGAAGAAAAAGAUCCACUAGAGGGUUGUACAUGGCUGCCCUGUGCCUCCCCAAUAACCUUAGAAAGGACAUGGAGUGUGAUUUUCUAUUAUUAAUUGAUGCAGAAGGUCUCUGCUCAAUAUCUUUACACAACAAAAGAAAUACGCUGAUCCACGACAAUGAGAUGGCCACUGUUGCAACAGGAUUGAGUGAUGUUUUAAUGCAGAACAUCUCUUCACAUGCGGGUAGCGAGUUUGAAAGUAACUUCACUGUCAUAGUCAAUGCUCUCCUACGCAUCAAAGAAUGUGGCUCCAUCCCCAUUUGCCAAGUCCUGGCCCAGGAUGAAGGAAUAAACAGCAUAUUACAAGCCACACAGUUGAGCCGUGUAUAUGAGAUGCUUCAGACUGAGACUGGGUACAGAGGAACUAACAAUUCUGAUAACCAUUAUGGAAAGACCACAAACUUUGUCAAAGGACCUUGGUACAAUAUGUCUCUCUCUGAACCAGUUGGUUCGCAGUAUAGUAAGGCUGUGUUAAACCUUAAGCAAAACUUAUUUGGGGCAUUGAAAAGGUGUGCAGCUAAGUCCAAAGCCACAGGUCUGCCCGAAUUUAUGAGUCGUUUGAUUGCUGUUUGGGAUGCAGUGACAGCAGAAUCAUUCUCCAUUGGUCUGCAAAAUACUGACAAAGCUUUAGCGUUCUCUUUAUUUUGCACAGAACUUUCCCAGUGGGAGGAUAGUUUCCUGGAACACAUGGAAAGAUGGCUUAUGGGGGUAACAGAGAAAAUCUUAGCCACAAAGGCAAAGGGUUUAGAUGCUGCAAUCCAAAAUGACCUUCCAAGUGAGUUCAAGGAUGAAGUCAGAGAAGAAGUCAAAACACAGGUGGACAAACUGAGGUCAAAAGCAGAGGCCUAUUUGAUGAAAGAGGACCUUCUUAAAAUGAAGACAUUCAUAAUGAGCAAUAUGGAUGACCUCCAGGAACAAGUAACUGAAGAGAUAAUACAAAGGAUGGAGACAGUCAACGAGAGCCAUUGUUAUUCCACGCAGCUGAAAAAAUUUGAGACAUUACUGAAAAAAGAACAGGAAUCUAAGCUACCUGCACUGAUAGAGAACAGCAGGUCAACUAAGGUUCUCUUUGAAGAUACAGAACUAGAAGAGGAGUUUGAGAGUGUGUGGAGUAAGACAUUGUCAAACUUUGACUUCAGGCCUUCAGAAACAGAUGAUAUUACUACAAGAGUGACAAAUAUUCUAAAAGAGAAUCUAAUCAUCCGCGGGCUCCAGAAACAUAUAACAAAACUUGAAGUCCUCGGCCAAAACCAGACAUCUAGCUUCCAAGUUAAUGAUGAGCACUUCGGAUACCGCAGCAGAUUAAAACAUAUGUUUGAAGAGAACAACAGACCAAACAAGUUAGAAGCUCAACAGGUAGCAUGCAGAAUCAUAGAUGAAUACAAUCAGUUUGUAGCAGAUAAAUAUAGCUCACCAGCAGAUUUCUCUGACAGCUACAUUACAAAACUGUUAGAAAAUGUUGAAAAUGCUUUGAAAGAAAAACCUAUGGAAAUAAGAUCAGCUUUUGAAGUUGAUCUGAAGGUUUAUCUCUGCAGGGCUGCUUGCCAGGACUUCCAAAAACUACAUGACCGCUAUGCCAAAGACAGAGAGCUUUUGACAUGUCUCACUGCAACCAAGAGUAUGUACUUGGCUGAGUUUAUCUACCAGUUCAGGAAGAGAGACCAGUGCCAGAGGGUGGCUCAAGCAUUCACCUCAAUGAUCAUCAAACCUACGGUGUUGGACUACAUCUACAGACCACUGGGGAUGCAUAUUGUAGAAGAGAUCCAAAGUAAAGCUCUGCAGUAUCAGUCCCCACGUGCCUUCCACCUAAGGUUGCUGGAAGAGCUGAUAAAAGAAGACUGCUUUGAAAGCUUCCUGGAAUAUUUGCUUCACUAUGACAACUUCAGACUGAGGAAGAUCCAAGAAACAGUGGUGGCUCACAUCUCUGAAUCAAACAACUUGGGAAAAUGGAGGCAACAGAGGCUUGGAGAAAUUAUAGGAAAGAUUGCGGCAGCAGUGAGCCAAACGGCAGAAGGUACCAAUGGACUAUUGAGCGAUGCAAAGCCACUGUUGGAGAGAGUGUGCCUCACUUUAGAAAGAGAUGGAGGUGUGGAUGUCACCAAAGCCGCUUUGGAUGGGCCUCUGUUUGAUAUCACCACUGAAUGGGAUCGCUUUAUCACAUGUUUAAUGGAGUUACUGGCUGCCAUGCGGUUGGAACUAGCUAAGGAGUUCUCCCAAAAUGGGGAUAUCACCCAACUUUUUCAGUGCCUUCCAAUUCAGCCCCAGGAAUCCCUCUUCAACAGAGUGAGAGGCUGUGACAAGCAGUGUCCUCUCUGCAGAGCCCCCUGUGAGUUAGAGGAGAUGGGGCACGAGGUUCACCGGGCUCUGCUCCACAGGCCCAAAGGCGUGUUCCCCCAUGACUCGGACUCUCUUUCCUGUAUCAGUUGCGCUGAAAGCAUGACCAAGGGCAACCCAGACCAGAGCAAGGACAUGCACAACAUGUCUGUGGCAUGCAGGGUCCUCCAUUUACUCUACCCAGACUGGAGCAUCUCCCCUGACGACCCAAACAGCCAGAUGCCUGAUCUUUACUGGAGGUAUGUGCUGGCGAGGUUCAAUGAGAGAUUUGCAAAGGAAUACAAGCAGGAGCCAGCAAAGAUUCCUGAGGAAUGGAAGAAGAUCACUAAGGAGGAGGCAUUGUACAGCCUGAACGAGGUUGUCACUGGACAGUGCUGAAAUAAGGGCUGCCCUGUGCUGUGUGCUGUUUUGAUCAUAUGACAUUUUAUUGAUCAAGUUCAGGUUUUAUCUGGAUUAGAAGAAUUUCACAAUUAUCAAAGAUGUUGAUGAUAAUUGUAAUGAUGAACAGAAGGUGAAUCAAAUGGACCAUUCAAUGACAUCACACUGAUAAUGAUAACUGAUUUGGUUUUGUUAUUUGCCUUUUCUUUUUAUCGUUUCCUUAGUAAGAUAAUGUCUUUUGUGUAAAAUAUGCUUUUAUAUAAUAUUCCUCCAUAUUAUACUAGUUUUAUUUUAGUUUUCUCCACUGCUUUCUGAUCUGACAAGAAAAUGUGAAACAUUUUAAGGUAUUACCAUGCAUUCAAAACCAACCAAUGAUUAAAAAAACAGUAAAAUAUAGGUUGUUUGCUUUUUAAACAUUUGUCAUUCAAAAGAAAUAUGAAUGUGUUGUAAUUUAGAUAAGGGCAGAAAUAAUAAAUAUGUCAGAAUCUACACA